AUGACGGCAAACAAUCCAGUACAAUCAGAUGAGAAGUCCUUGUCAGAACGGUCUGAAUUGUCCAUCUGCACAUCGAAUCUUCCCUUUUUGGCCAUUGUGAGAGCAUCAACUGGUACCAUGGCAUUCUUGUGCAAUGGAAUAAUCCUCAAUGAACGAUGGGUCACGGCCCUGGCUAAUUGCAUCGUUGGUCGUUUGCUAACUAACACAAUGAUAACUGUUGGGCAUCAUGACGCCGAACAACCAAUUCCUUCGACAAAUAUUUUCAUUUCUGCAAUUGUUACACAUCCGACCUACAAUCCUUUGACUCUAAGCAACAACAUUGGACUCAUUCAAACACGCGACACGAUUGCUUUCAAUGAUCGUGUCCAAUCUGUUCCCAUCCCCGUUGUUGACGUUCCCGGAGGUAUCUCAACCAAUGUCGUUGGAUGGCUCGCAACGAGAUACAUUAAUUUUCACACAAUAUCAAUGGUAAACAUGGCGUGUGAAGUUGAAGCACCUACAGUUGGAUCACCAAUGCACCAAGAAGAAAUUUGUACCAUCAGGACUUCACAUCAUCUACCACCAGCCUUUACCUUUGGUGGAAUCUUAAUGGAAGCUAAUCGACCUGUAGGCUUGCACGCUCGACGCAUUAGUAACUUCAUCAAUGUUCACGUGAGACUUGCCACAUUCAGAGAUUGGCUCUAUCAAGUAAUUGAGAAUUGGUAA